GCUCGAGUUAUUGUCCUCCCUACAUGCUUUCUGCCACUUCUAUGGAUCAAUUUACUGGCCAAAUGACCUUUUAUCAAGAUCAAUCUGGUUCUAUGUGGUUGACUGGUCUUUACCAAAACGGAUUUA